AAGAGAAAUCGACAUAGGUCGCCAUUUUCAGAGCGCUCUCUCCGCCCUACAUUUUUCAAGUAAUUUCAGAUUGUAAGAGAUAUAGUAAUUUCCCUGAAAGCACCCUGAAAGCGAAAGUCCUCUCGACUUCUAAGUAAGUUAGACGAUCGACAUAGGAUCCCAUAAACAGACUAAACUGUCUAUUUGCUUUUCUUUUUCCAAAACAAUUCAAUCGAAAAUGCCCGAGACUAAGCUUAUCAGGCUAGUCAGCGCCAAUGGAGGCAUCCCUCAAUCUAUGAAAACAUACAGAACCAUAAAUGUAACCCAGAUGGGAUCUGGACGAGACACUUUCAACGGUCCACACCACAAGGUAAUCCGUGUGGCCUUGCCACAAAAUGUUGUACUUGGAAGACCAGCCCAAGAUAAAAUUCCAGACAUUUCAUCACCGAGGUCAGAUGAUGAUGUGGAUGGAGCCUCCCUCUCCAAAAAUGCACUUCUUGCCAGAGAAAAUAGACUGAAGAAGAAACGCUACAUCAAUGGAUUGGAAGAAAAUCUUGCUGUCGCCAAGAAAGAAAACGAGUUACUAAAGGACAAGUUGAAGGAAAAGGAUCUAACAAUCGACCAACUGCAAAAAGAAAUCUCGUACUUCAAAAGCAUUCUUGCCAAUGUUCAGGAGAUAUCUGGUCUUAUCAAAACAAUCAAGCAAGAAUCACACAUUCCAAUGUCUACAUCGUUAAGGCCAUCAGUUCAUCCUAUGAAGAGAAAAUCUGUAGCAGAGUUGCCUAUGAUUGAUGACUCAAAAAGGAUAAAAAUCGAAAGAACAAGUGAAAGCUCAAGUUGCAUGAGCGCCAUCCAUGAUGAUGAGGACAGUUACGACUGGAUGCCGAGUUCGCCGUCAUGCCCAACGCAACUUGAUGCAGAAUCACUAGACGUGUUGUCCAAUUUCAGUGAAGAAGAUAUAAAUUUAUUUGGUGACGACACACUUCUACCCGAGCCCACGCGCCAAACAGUGCCUUUCUCUGCUGGAAUAUGUCUACAUGUGUUUAACAAGCAAAUGUCACUCGAGUUUUGUGCCGCCUGUGCCACGAGAGCCCAGGAGAAAUGGUCUUCACAAGUUUAGAAACCUGGAAAAAUGACUUGCAAGCAUUCUUUAAAUUGUUAUUGUACAUUGACGGAGCAUACUACCCCCUAUAUGAUCAUCUGCAGAGGGUUCUUGCGACAUUUGGUUUGGUUAAAUAUGUAUCACUGACGGUCUGUUUUUACUCCGCUCCCAACCAGGGGGGUUUUGCGAAAUUCGAAAUAUCAUUAAUGGUGUGCAGUGUUUUGUUUCGUUACAGGUUGCGGAGCUAUUGACGAAAAGCGGAAGUCUACCCAAUCAGUCUGGUUUUAAAUAGGUUUUUUCUCAAUAAUUUUCUAGAUAGAAGACUGGCAUGGCCGUGAUUUAUGUACCAUUUACUCGUCAUACACAGAAUACAAAUCUUUAUCCAUAA